CAUGGGCGCGUGUUAUGCAGCUCGUAAUUUGUAAUUGUUUCAUAAAUAUAGUUUGUAAAUCACGUUUCUCUGUAGGUUUCUCGUUCGCAGAAACGCUGAGAAUGAGCGACGUGUUGUGUUUUGUGUGUGACAGUUGGCCGCCGUGUUCUCUAUCCGCUGUACGCGAGUGUAAACGUGUUACGAAUGCCGCGGCACAGUGAAUUGGUGGACUCACGUGGUGAUGUUUUGUGUACACGUCGCGGCCGACACUGAGUUUUGCGAAUAUUCGUUGAUGCAGGUUUGGACUGUGAUCAUUUGCGCGAGUGAACAAUUUGCAUUGACCCCGCGCGGCCCGGUGCACGGGCACGAUCAUCUGUGUCAUCAUUGUAUUUAGAUUUAUUAUUACGAUAUGAUAUAUUGUAUAACGUUCACGGCACAAUGCGUGCGCAUCACACUCCCAAUAUUUCCAUCGCGUUCCGAAGCCUGUACAAAUUGGUGGAUCUAAUUUGGAGCAGGCCUCUCGGAGCUCAGUAUGAGAUUCGCGUGUGACCGAACUGUGAAUCGGGUGUAGUGAAUAACAAUGGUUGACAACGCCUCCUUCGAACACUCUGAUGAGUCUAGCGGGGGAAGCAGCUUGAACAACCUGGACAACAGCCGUGGGAGUAGGCAUGCCAUAAAGCCUCUAUCGGGCUCGGCGCCGUCGGUGCGGGUGGCGGCGAUCGGCGUCACUUCCACCACCGGCGAUACCACGGAAGGCAAACAGCCAAGCAAGUCGCGACAGAAGAAGUUCCAGAGACACUUCCCGCAGGUCGGGCCAGAAGAGAGGUGCUCAAUUAUUACUCGUGCGCGUUGGUUGGUGAUCUCUUACUGCAAGGCCAUCUUUACAUCACUAAGAAUUACUUCGCUUUCUACUCGAACGUGUUCGGAUAUGUUACCAAGUUACUAAUCCCCACCACAUCAGUCCUAAGGAUAACAAAGAAGGUGGCGCGAAUCAUCCCGAACGCCGUGGGGUGUGCACGCGCGACGAGCGGCAUGUGUUCGGCUCGCUGCUGUCGCGCGACUCCACCUACAAGCUGAUGACGCACGUGUGGAAGGCGGCCAGGGCCCCGGAACUCAUCACACCCAAACCACAG